AUACUUUAACUUUAUAGUAUAAUCUGCACAGGUUAAUUACAACUUACAACCUUGCUAUUUGUAGGGUUAUAAUAAUUAAAUACUUAAAUAUUCUUUUAAGAAUAAUUUACUUGUAUAGUUUUAUCUGCUGUCAAACAAUUUCAUUUUUUGUCUAUUUCAUCUGUUCUGCAUUUGUGAAUUGUUUAUGUGUACUUAGGCCCCAAAGACUUGAAUUCUAUAACUAGGUACAGUACCUAUUUUUGUGGUAAAAUGGGUACUAAAGUGUGUGAUAUUGGAGAUGAUGUUAAGGAAACAUUGAGAAAGUUUCGGUUCCGUAAGACAACUAAAAAUGCUGCUCUUAUAAUGAAAGUAGACAGAGAAAAACAACAAGUAUGUGUAGAUGAAAUGUUGGAUGAUGUUACUCUUGAAGAACUUAGAGAAAUUUUACCAGGUCAUCAGCCACGUUAUAUAAUUUACUGCUGUAAAAUGGAACACGGAGAUGGCCGAGUGUCAUUCCCAAUGUGUUUCAUUUAUUUCACUCCAAGAGAUAGUCAUAUGGAAUUGCAAAUAAUGUAUGCAGGUACUAAAAUGGCUUUACAACGUGAAGCCAACUUGACUAGGGUGUAUGAAGUGAGAGAAUUGGAUGAAAUGACAGAUGAAUGGUUACAAGACUGUGUCAUGGGAAAGUAAUAUUUUGUAUGACUAAAACAAUACAUAAAUGACAUGAAAUAGAUUUUAAAAUGGUUAUAAUAUAAUCUA